AUGGUGGCUUACUGGUUCUGCACGGAUGACCUGGUGGCGGCCGAAGUGACUUAUGUAUCGGAGGGAACGCAGAGACAACUGGUAGUUUGCUCAGCGUACCUCCCUUACGAUAAGAAAGAAUCUCCUCCAACCAGGGAACUGAGGGACCUGGUGGCCUGGUGCGAGAAGGAGAAGAAACAACUCAUCGUGGGAUGUGAUGCUAACUCACACCAUACGGUGUGGGGAAGCAGCGAUGUCAACGAUCGAGGUGAGUCUUUACUAGAUUUUCUUUUUAGUUAUAAUCUAGAGAUUUUGAAUGUCGGGAACGAGCCCACCUUUGUUAUAAAAAAUAGAAGUGAAGUCAUCGAUAUAACAGUGGGAUCGGGACCGAUAUGUAAUAAUAUUGCGAGGUGGCAUGUGUCGAAUGAGCCGUCAAUGUCGGAUCAUAGACAUAUCCACUUUGAAAUUAUAACGGAUUAUAAUCCGCAAGUAAGAACCUACAGAGACCCAAAAAGAACUGACUGGGACUCCUAUAGAACGGAGUUACAGGCCAGGACUAGGGAAAUCUGUACAAAACUAAGGAACACAUAUGAUCUUGAGAGGGCCGUGGAGGAACUCCAAAACGCCGUCACAAGAUCAUAUGAAUACAGCUGUCCUAUCAAAGUGAGGUCCGAUAAGCACACCGUACCCUGGUGGAGCAAGGAACUCACGCAGUUGAGGGGACAGACAAGAAAACUAUUUAAUAGAGCAAAGCGGACAGGAGAGUGGGAGACUUAUAGAGCAACCCUCACUGAGUAUAAUAAAGAAAUUAGGAAAGCGAAGAGACUCAUGGAGGAAGUUCUAUUUCUCUCUAAGAAUGGAAAUACGAAACUCGGGUCUCUUAAAGCACCGAGUGGGGAAUAUACUAAAACUGGAAGGGAGACAUUGGAAUUAUUUCUAAAUACUCACUUUCCAGGCUCCAGGUUAUUAAACCAUGGAGAUGAACAUGACUGGGAUCACCAGCAGAGGGUAACGACCGGGUCUCGACAGAGCUGGGAGGUUGCCAAGACGGUG